AUGGCCACCCCGCAGGCCCAAGCCGUCCGCCGCUGGAUCAUGACCGGCGCCGUCGCCUCCAUCACCGUCGCCGGCACCAUCUACGGCGCCGGCCUCAAGUCUGACCAGGAGCUCAAAAAGGAGCGCAAACGCUACCAGCAAGCGUCCCCCGAAGAAAUCAUCUCGCACCUGCAGAUCGCCCGCGACAACCUGGUGCUGAAGAAGAACGAGGUCGAGCGCAAGAUUGCCAGUUUCCACGAGAAGAAGAAGGCCAAGGCGAUGGAGGCGGAGGCGCUGAAGCAGCGGCAGGCGCAGGCGCAGGCGCAGGAGCAGCAGCCGCGGUGA